AUGUUUGAUGCUGAGUCUCCAAUGGAUGGAAACCAAUCCCUCUGUGUCAAGUUCACAUUUGUGAGUUUUUCCUCUCUUGCAGAGUUGCAACCUGUGCUGUUUGUUGUUUUCUUAGUCAUUUACUUGUUCACUGUGGGAGGAAACCUCAUCAUCAUCUGCCUGAUCUGGGUCACACCUUCCUUGCACACUGCCAUGUAUUUCUUCCUUGUUAAUCUCUCCUUUCUGGAGAUGUGCUAUAUCACCAGUGUGGUGCCUCAGAUGCUGGUGCACUUGCUGGUGGAGAAUAAGACCAUAAGUAUAGAAGGCUGUGCAGCUCAGAUGUAUGUAUUCACCAUUUUGGGGCUGACAGAGUGCUGCUUGCUAGCAGCCAUGGCCUAUGACCGCUAUGUAGCUAUUUGUUACCCUCUGCAUUACACUCUCCUGAUGCGCCCUAGCAUGUGUUUGAAAUUAGCUGCGGCAUCUUGGACAACUGGGGUGGUGGUGGAGUCAGUGCAGACCACCUGGAUCUUCACUCUGCCUUUCUGUGGAGCUGGAGUGAUUCAGCACUUCUUUUGUGACAUCAUGCCUGUAGUGAAACUGGCUUGUGUUGAUACUUCCCACAAUGAGAUUGUCAUGUUUGCUGUCUCUGUUCUCUUCAUCAUGAGUCCCUGUUUCCUCAUUCUGUGUUCCUAUCUGCGUAUUUUUGUGAGCAUCUUGAAAAUUCCUUCAACAGCUGGAAGGCGUAAAGCUUUCUCCACUUGUUCGUCUCAUAUCCUGGUUGUUUCUCUGUUCUAUGGCACUGCCUUGUUCACUUACCUCCAACCUAAAAGUGCACACACGCCAGAAACAGACAAAGCAACUGCACUUAUGUACACAGUGGUCACACCUGCUCUGAAUCCUGUCAUCUAUACCUUGAGGAACAAGGAAGUGAAGGAAGCCUUUCAAAGAGCAACAAAAAGGAACCUGCUGAGACAAAUGGCCUAA